CCGUGAACAAAAUUCGAUGUACAUACUUGAAAUCAUCAAAAUUGAAUAGUUGAAGUAGGUAUUAGUAAAUCCUGAUGUCUGACUUUAUCAUAUGCUUUUUAAUCUACCAUGUGCGAGAUAAACAAUGAAUAAUGUAAUAUCAUCUCUCCAGACCAGACAUUGAACACAAUAAAUAUCCACCUACCAAUAUAUUCCUUUCAUUACUUCGAAAAUAGACUACCAAGUGCAUUUUCGUUAUUUAUAUUCGGAAAUUCGCCAUCGUGAAAAUAUGUGGAAAGUUUUGGGUUUUUUCUUAGUACUAGCAUGUGCUUCCCAGGCAGAACGACUCAAAGUAUCUGUGUAUUAUGAAUCUCUAUGCGGGGAUAGUAUCAGAUUUGUCAAAAACCAACUUUUCCCUGUAUACAAACUCCUUGGAAAUGCUCUACAAGUUGAUCUCGUCCCAUACGGAAAAGCAAGCUCUAGCAACGAAUCAGGAAAAUUAGUAUUCACAUGUCAGCACGGUCCUCAAGAAUGCUAUGGAAACAAGUUCCAUGCAUGUGCCAUUAGUCAAAAUUCAGUGGAAGAAAGCACAGAAUUUGUAUAUUGUUCAUUGAGUUCUACUGAAGAAUCUCCUGCUUCAGACGAAACCUUGGAAAGGUGCAGCAACUCUAGCGGCAUCUCGUGGAAGGCCCUUCAAAGUUGCUACGAGAGUGGUCGAGCUGACGCCCUUCUGAUCAAAAACGGCGAAAGAACAUCCGCGAUCACUCCCCCUUUGAAGUUCGUCCCCACAAUAAUUUUCAACGAUCACUUCGAUCAGACCAAUCAGGAUAGAUCGCUGAGGGAUCUGCUGAGCGUGGUGUGCGAGCUGCUGAAUCAGCAUAAGGAAUUAAAUGGCGAAUACAAGUUCUCCUGUCAACACGGUCCGUCAGAAUGUCUUGCCAACAAAUAUCAAUCGUGUGUAUUAGCCCUAAAUUAUGGACAACAAAAAAACGUAUUGUUUGUGGACUGCAUAAUGAGAAAAAGAUCUGCAGCUGAUUUCAAUAACGUCCAGUCUUGUGCUGAGUUACUGAAUUUGAACACAGCAAAGAUCAAGGCAUGCUCUGAAAGCUCUGAAGGUGACAGACUAUUGGCUCGAAACGGUGAUUUGACUUGGCAAUUGGAUCCUCAGAUAUCCUUCGUUCCUACGAUAGUUUAUGACCAAAAAUACAACAGUGAUGCCCAAAGUCAGUCGUUGCAAGAUUUCGUUGCUGUUGUGUGCAGCAAAAUUGAAGGAAACAAACCGGAGAUUUGCAAAGACAGAAAAUUACCUCAAACUAAUGGAUGGGGCUGGUUUGGAUAAUAACUAUGUUGAACGUUUAUUGUGUUAUCGAUUUCAUUUCUAUUUACCAAAAUAUUGUCACCAAUCAUUCCUAGACAAGUCUUAAUCAAAUAUCGAAAAAAAAAUUAAAGAGUGCAUCAACGAUCAUACUUUUUUGAGAAAAUGAUGUAUUUGGAGUUGUCAAAUAUGGAAUUAUAUACAAUACUGGAUGAGGAUGAAUAAUUGUCGCAUUUUUUUUUCUACAAUGAAGGUACAGGGUCUUCACGUAUAUUUUGAACCCCCACUUAACUUUUUCAUGUAUUGUUGAAUGUUCUGUUAUAUUUCUUCCUGUAGAUUUCAUAUAUGCCAACAGAGAAACAGUUGAACAUCUCAAAAAAUACUUAUGGGCAACAUUCAUAUUUUUUUCCAUAGGACACCCUGUAUUUUAUUGCAUUUUAAGAUUCUCCCUGGAGAGCUGAUUUCAUCGAUCUAUCACAGUUGGGGUCUAGCUGAAAUGAUUACAAAGAUAUAGGGUGUGAAAAAUUGAGACUUUUUCAACUUCAGGAAUUUUUUUUGUCGAAACUAUUCAUUAUUGACCAAAACGGUUUUCAUGUCCCUAUUAUCACGAUAUUAGGACGAUACAUCAAUUAUUACACCCGGUAUAUAGAUAUAUUUGAAAUCAGGAGAAAGAGCUCUACCGUUCAGUAAAAUAAAAUACAAGGUGUUCCAUUUGUAAAAUGCCACUUUAUGUAAAAUGUUUAGAUUGACGGUGCUUUUUUGCAUUUUUCAGUACUAGAUCCUAAAUGCCCAUGAAAAAUACUUGAUUUUGUCCAUAUUAACUUUUCUGCAAGACCAAUAUUAAAUGAGAUAGCUAUUGAGUGAAAUAUAAACAAUUACCCUUCACAUAUCUUGAUCGUCUGUUCAACAAGUUACGAGAUUACUUUAAAUUUGACAACAAUAAUUUUUUUUUCAUGAGGUUGAAAUAAAAAAUGAUAUUUCUAGAAAUUAUUUAUUGUAAAAUGAGUCAAUUUUUCCAUAAAUUCGUUUUGGUUGGCCAAACUUGAGAAAAAACGAAACAGCAUGAAUAAUGUGCUGUGAAUGGAGAUUAUAAUACUAGAAAAAAAUCCUAUAAUAAUACUUUGAUGGGUAACACUGAAAUUAACAACACUAAAAUCGACGAAAAGUGCUUAGGGGAACCCCCACUCUUCCCUCUCCGCUUGCAUCUCUCGCACUCGCUCUCACUUAUGAGAAACUCCGAUAUUUCUAGGAAAUUCCUGAGGGCAAUCGUUUGCAGAGCCUCCUUGUAUGUGUGCUCGAAAACCACCAUGGGGAUGAAAGUGACCUUCUCUUUGACUUCCCCGGUUCGGUUCCCAUUCUUUGCCAAAAGUUCGUUUCCUUUUCCAGAUUUCACACAAUUCUGGAUCUCCGUCCAAUUAACACCGUGGUCGAUGGCACACUAAAAAUAAUAUCAAAAAUAUUUGAACGAUAACUA